UUUUUUUUCCUACUCAAAUAUGAUUUUUAUUUUUUAUUUUUUUUGUUCUUGUGGUAGUACAUUUUAUUCCCCAAAAGUAUAUUAUUACAUGUAUAUCUAUCAUAUUAACAAUUGUACUUUUAAGUUAAACAAUUCAAUAUGAAAAUGUCCUUAUUUGUCAUUUUACAUAUUUAAACAGCUAUCAGCUAAUAACUAUUUACCAAACACUUUUAUACAAACUGCUAAUCCAAUCAGCUAGUCAAAACUGCUAAUUCAAUCAGCUAGUCAAACCUGCUAAUUCAAUCCGCUACAGCUAACCGCUAAUCACCAAACAGGGCCUAUAAAAACACGAAAACUUCAAAAAGUUAAGUAAUUUGGAAGUAAUAAAAAAAAGCUAACAUUUUUAUUACAAACGGGUUUCGAACCCUGUACCUCCCUCACUCAAUCAUAUAGCAUCUUACCACUUCUCCAUCACCUUCGUGACCACCCACGACGUCGCUUCUUCGAUCUCGUUCUCAGUCUCUCACCCCGUUCUCUUCCUCGACCACCCAGAUCAACCAGGCACCAUCCGCUGCCCCUACUUUCUCACCCUUUGCCGGCCACCCAAAGCGCCGCCCCUCCUCUCUCCAUGUUUCCCUUCCUCGAUCUCCCCUCACCACCCUCCCUCCCCUCUACUCCUCAAUAACUGGUGUUCAAUCCAUAUGCUUCAUUAGUGUUCUUUGGUAUCUCAAUCUUCAAACUUGCCUGACAAUUCUCCCUCCAGUUGAAUUAGAGAAAAUUAGAGAAAACCCCAGUUGAAUUUCUGGUCAUAAAAUGAAUUGGGGUAUUUCAAGGUUGAUAUUCCUAAAAUCAUUGCUUAAUUUCAUGGUAUUUGUGGUAAUGAGAAGCUAUGGAUUCAAUAUUUUAGCAAUCCCGUUUCUAUAUGCUUCUUUAGUGUUCUUGUUAGUUUCGAUUGCAUCAAAUCCUCAAAUAAAUCUUCCAAUGUUAUUGGGGAAGAACACAGAUGGGUCAUUCCCAAUUUGGUCAAUGAUUAUGUUUGGGCCUUUUCUGUUUUUUGUACGGAUGUUUUCUAGUAUUCGAAGAUUGUUGAGUCAUGAAGAGCCUUAUAAUGAGAUAUAUGAGGGUGUUUAUGUUGGAGGAUGGCCUUGUUCAUUUGAUAAGUGUCCACCUAGGAAUCCUGCUGUUAUUGAUUGUACUUGUGAAUUUCCUAGAAAACCAGAGUUUUCGAGGAAUGGGUAUUUAUGUGUUCGUACAUGGGAUACAAGGUCGCCUCAGCCGUCGGAGAUUGAGUCUGCUGUUAAGUGGGCUUGCAGGAAGCGAGCUCAAGGCGUGCCGGUGUUCAUUCAUUGUGCAUAUGGUCAUGGAAGAAGUGUUGCAGUAAUGUGUGCGUUACUGGUUGCUUUAGGAGUGGUGGAUAACUGGAAAGAUGCAGAAAAACUAAUUCAAAAAAGACGACCUUAUAUCAGAAUGAAUUCUCUCCAUCGAACAGCAUUGGAGGAGUGGGCAAAGCAUCGAUUAUCUCCAAUAAACAGGAAGGUUGAAACAGAUGUGAGUUCUGUCAUCUUGUCUAAUUCUAUCGAAAACAAGUAGCUUUCUUCUUUACCUUCCGUACUGUAGCUUUCUUGGACCCACCAUUCCAGGAGAAACUCUGGAAACUCAACACCUUAUGCUUAAGUUUGUCAAUAGCAGUUAAAAUUAACAGAAAUAGCUUGUGAAAUGUAUUUUUUAAGCCUUUCAUGGUGUUGAUACC